UCAUUCAUGAUAAGGUCCAGAAUAUGUGGAAGACCAACAUGGAAAUCCAGACGGUUGGUUGGCCUGUGAUGCCUCUGGCUGCCAAUGGACGGCUAUCACGGGUAUCAUCCUCCAGCUGAAGUCGUUGCUGGAUUGCACAAUUCUAACCUUGACUAUAUCAAAAAGACCUAUCAGGAGGCUUUUGAACAUGUGGGUUACAGACUUCUCGAGCAACGCAUCAAGGAGCAAGAGAAAGAAGGCGACGAUAAGCAAAGCUACAGGUCUCGCUACGAACGGCUUGCAAUUAGCGUCGCAACGCAGGAUCAGCUUCGGACUGGGGUACGUGGGUCGCCGACGUGUGUUGUACCCCGUGAACCAUGGAUCCAGGAGAUUCUGCGCCCUCACACAGAUGUUGUAGAGAACCUUCGCGUAAAGAGAAAUAAACACGGGUUUGAGCUCGCGGUUUACCGCACAGCGCAUUAUGAGGGCUCGGACUAUCACUGGGCGGAUGUGCGUGGCAAGUUCGAGGCUCAUCUCUCGACCUGGGGAGAUGGCGUCGAGGGAUCCGAGGAAGUCAAACCUCUUCUUAAGCUGCACUGGUUCGAUGCUAAAGAGAUUGGCCUCGGCCUCAAUGCCGACGCAGUGGACGCAGCAAAGCGGCACUUCCAAGAAAUCCGUGAUUCCGAUGUCUACAAGCAUAAACUAAACCGCAACAUUUUCUUCGUCCUCGAUGGCUGGAGCGCAUGUUCCUACCGAGACCCCGAAUUUAACGCUUCUUACAUCAAGCAAGGUCUUUCCCCCGGCGACUUCCAGGGCCACAUCCUCGCCGUCGAUGCAGACUUCGACCCAACCGAGCUGAACGAGCAUGCGGAAGAAUCGCCCGGCUUCCAGGGCCAGGUGGGGAUAUUAGGAAACCUAGUCUGGGGGGUGCUCUACCCGAUGUUCAUCAUGCCAUCCGCGACCUUGGAGGACUUGUGGCCGAUGGCAAUGGAGCAUCCGCUCAAGGUGUAUACGGGGCUUACGGUGCCGAGUCAGCUUGAGCAGUGGAGGGAGAACCAUGUGUUCAAGGCGGCAAUGUUGGAGCCCUUCGUCGACCACUUGAAGGGAAAGAAUGCGGAGCUGGCAAAAACGGUGGCAGACUUGAUGCUGCCUAAAGUUCCGUCGGAUAUGUCUUAG